CCAUAUAAAAGGUGCGGUCGCAUCUCGAAUUGCAUUGAGUUUCGGUGUCUCAGAACUGCAAGAACAUGGCCGAACGACAAAUGAUGCUCCUCAGCAUUGGAUUACUUUCCCACCUGCUGAUGGCCACUGCUGCCGGUGUGCCCUGCUCCGAUGACGAUGUUCCGGUAUGCGCCCAAAGUCGGCAAAGUGGAAUGCAUUUCCUGUUUGGCAACGAGUGUGACUUGAGGAAGGCCCAGAGAGGCAGCCUCAUGGAUGGCCCUCUGUAUGAUGUUCCCCUUCGCUUCUGCCUUCCCAAUUGCGAUUUCGAUUGCAGUGCAAGAUACCAGCCCGUGUGCGGGAUCAGCUCCCGGACAGGUGAACGCAGGACCUUCAGGAGCCGCUGUGAAUUGCUGCGAGCAUCGUGUCUCUCCAGAUCGGACUGGUUGCUGCAGCAUUGGGGAGUGUGUCCCAGACACAACACAGUGCCUUUGGUUAGCCAGAAGCCCUCGUCUCGACCCAAACCUCGUGCUCAGCCUGAGGCACAGCACCAACCUAAGCCCGUACCAUGCACCAAGGUCUAUCGUCCAGUGUGUGCCAUGUAUGCAGGUGUCAAGUCCACCUUUUCCAACGAGUGCUUGGUGAAUGCGGAGAACAUCAAGACUCAGAGGAAUUGGCGCAUCGUUUCCGAGGGGCUUUGUGGCGAGGACAGCACCAAAAUGAAGCACAGCCGCAAGUUCAAGCCGAAAGCCAAACCAAAGCUGGAUGCAGACCGCACGAAGAGGAGUCACGGAAAGACCACUCAGGCGGAAGACUUCCAGAUACCUGAGGACGCCGUGGAAAUCUACGCACCCUCCACCUUUCACACGGAGUUCAUCAGCCAGACGGGCGCCAUGGUGAAGAGCUAUUCCCUGCCCGCUCGCAAACCAUAUGUGGUUGCUCCUCCAAAGAAGAAGUCAAAAGUGCACGGCACAGCCAAGAGUUGUGUCUUUGGAAACGAACCUAUCUGCGGGAGCUUCAAGGCCGAAAGCCGCACCUUUGCCAGUGUCUGCGAGCUGAUGGAGUACAGCCAGAAGGUCGGAAACGCUUGGACAAUUUCUCACGAAGGAGCCUGUCGUCAAUGCGACAAGCCCUGUCCGACGGUGUAUCAACCAAUUUGUGCGACCCGCAAUGGCAUCCACCACACGAUCAUCAAUGAGUGCUACCUGGAGCGAGCGCGAUGCAAAGAUCCCGUCAGUGCCUGGAAGUUCUCCUACAAGGGCGAGUGCCAAAAGUCAGCUGGAGCGGCAACCAAGACAGCGUCUGUCUAUAAGAGUCGCAACUCGCCGCUAAUUCCACGCGUUCUAUACGGAAUUCAAAGGAGGACAACUACCGCAGCACCAGAGGUGCACAUUAGGAGAGCUGGUAUAAAGCCCACAACUAAGGCUCCCAAAUCGAUGAAAGCCUUCGAGACUACGCAUCCGCCAUCCUUGGAAGCUAAUAACCGGAAGAUACGCAAGAUAGAUAUGGCAUCAGCGGGAUUUAAUGAUUUGAAGGAGUCAAGCGGAACCAGCAGGAUGAAAUACGUGCCCUCUAGCGAAGAAGCCUCUUGGUCUACCAAUGACAACUGGCUCGUACAAAAAACUCUGGAUAAUGUCAAGGGUAUCUUCAGCAAGAAGCCUGCGUCCUUCAAAACGGCAUCUCAGUAUCAGUGGACCAACACGAGGACAACCACAACCACAACUUCUCCCCUGCCUGCCAAAGUACCAGCUAUUCAGGCUCUUGACUCUACAGAACUAUUAAACUUGGACAUUGAAAACGCUGCUCAUGGCAGUGAAGACUCGGAACCCGAACUAUUCUUCAUGCUGACCACCAAAGGGGCUACCAAAUCGACCACUCCUAUGCCCAGCUCCACAGCACUGCCAAGGGAAGCCACCAAUGCGACAAUUUCUGACAUAGAGACCAAGGUGCCAAAGAUUCUGAGCCUUGCCUCCACGGAGCUACUAAACUUGGAUAUUGGUAAUUCUGCAAAUGCCUACGAUGAUGCUGCUCCCGAGCUGCUGUUUAUGCUGGGCACAGACAUGAGCUCAACCACACCUGUGCCAAGCACCACGGCACCGCCUAGCAGCACCCAGUCCUGGGCUACUGAGCUGCCAACAAGCUUGGGACCCUCUUCAUCUAUGGAGGAAUCAUCCAGCAGGGGCUCUACCAUCGACCUAGAUGAGACCACAGCUUCACCAACCAGUGAAUCCAUCGACUCAUCCACCAGUAGCAGCGCUCUGUAUUCCACGACCGAGGCCGAGGAGAUGCACAGUCAAACCACCGGCAGUGAACCACCAACAACGUUUGCUGCCGACGAACUGCAAACAACCACUCAGAACGCUGACUACACGGCGGAUGAGUCAUUUUCUGAGUCUACUGGUCAGACCUCCAUCUACGGCCUGGACAAGAACUCGCUGAUUAUGCGUUUGCUACGCGCCAGAAGUAACAAAAACGUUCUUAUCUAGAUAGUUAUAUUGUUUAAGAACUAGACCUAAGCUGUUGAUUUCGUUUACUAAGAACAAAUAAUUAAUUACAAUUAAUAUGAA